ACAUAAAAAGUUGAAAAUGAGGAGAAUUCACUUAAUUUCUUUGUUGUCGUUUAUAUUAAUAAAUCAGGCUACUAAUGCAAUACAGGCGAGAAGUGAUAAGGAUAUACAGGCACAAAGCAUAGUUCCACAUCCGCUACAGCCUUCGCUAACUUCUGCACCAUCAGACUUUAAUCCACUUGGUCCUAAAGUGAUGUGUUCAUUCUUAUCACGGGACUUCAUUGAAUGCAAAGAUCCAAUAGAUCAUCAUAAUAAUAAGACAGCAAAAGCAGAAAAAGGCUAUGGCUGUCUACGUUUCGGCGGUUCCACAUAUGAAGAAGUUGAGCACACGAAAGUGCAAUGUACUGUUUUCCAAGAUAUUGAUUGCUAUGGUCCUCGAACAUUUUACCGUGAUGGUGUACCAUGUAUACGCUACUCGGAUCAUUACUUUGUGACUACACUAAUAUAUAGUAUUCUUUUGGGAUUUCUGGGCAUGGAUAGAUUUUGUCUUGGACAAACAGGCACUGCGGUCGGUAAGCUUCUAACCGUUGGUGGCCUAGGAGUUUGGUGGAUUAUAGAUAUAAUAUUGCUUAUAACAAACAAUCUUUUGCCGGAAGAUGGUAGCAAUUGGAAUCCAUACGUAUAAGUUUUUCUUUAUAUAUGUAUAUGUAUAUAUUUUUAAGUUUUGUGAUACUAGAAAAUAAAGUCUUAAUGUUAAUAAAUUU